GGUGCGAGCGAACCGCGGCGGGCUCGGGCGCGGAGCGGGGGCGCGCGGUGCCAAGCAGCCCAGCCCAGCCCAGCCGCAGCCCGGCCCGGCCCCGCGCGACCAGAGACGAGCCGGCGGGCGGCGGCGGCGGUGGCGGCGGCUCGCAGCCCGGCUGGUGCAGGGCCUCCGACCGACCGCGGCCGAGCCGGGCCUGGGCGCGGGCGCUGGGGUAGCCAGCCGCGGCGGGCGCAGGAGGAAGCUGCGGCGGCGCGUCCCGAGCCGUGCGCGCCAUGUCGGGCGGGCCCCCCAAGGGCCUGCCGUCCACCGGGCCCCACUCCCUGCUCGACAUGCCGCACCCGCUGGCCGGCUCCAGCAGCGAGGAGGCCGUGGGCGGCGACAGCACGCCCAGCCCGGACCUGCUGAUGGCCCGCAGCUUCGGCGACAAGGAUCUCAUUUUGCCCAACGGUGGUACUCCAGCAGGUACUUCGAGUCCAGCUUCUUCAUCUUCCCUUCUCAACAGACUUCAGCUUGAUGAUGACAUCGAUGGCGAGACCAGAGAUCUCUUUGUCACAGUUGACGACCCCAAGAAGCAUGUCUGUACGAUGGAGACCUACAUUACGUAUAGGAUCACCACCAAAAGUACGCGAGUGGAGUUUGACCUGCCAGAAUAUUCUGUUCGUCGAAGGUACCAGGAUUUUGACUGGCUGAGGAACAAACUGGAGGAAUCCCAGCCUACUCAUCUCAUUCCCCCGCUUCCUGAGAAGUUUGUGGUGAAAGGUGUUGUAGAUCGUUUUUCAGAAGAGUUUGUGGAGACCAGAAGAAAAGCUUUGGAUAAAUUCCUAAAAAGAAUUACAGAUCAUCCUGUGCUCUCUUUCAAUGAACACUUUAAUGUUUUCCUUACUGCUAAGGACCUGAAUGCCUAUAAGAAGCAAGGGAUGGCGCUGCUGACCAGAGUGGGCGAGUCUGUCAAGCACGUCACUGGAGGCUACAAGCUGAGGAGUCGACCUCUUGAGUUUGCAGCUGUAGGCGACUACUUAGAUACAUUUGCGCUCAAACUGGGAACCAUUGACCGAAUAGCCCAGAGGAUCAUUAAGGAAGAAAUAGAGUACCUUGUAGAGCUGCGAGAAUAUGGGCCUGUGUACUCCACGUGGAGUGCAUUAGAGGGGGAGCUGACUGAGCCCCUGGAGGGUGUGUCAGCUUGCAUUGGCAACUGCUCAACGGCCUUGGAAGAGCUGACAGAUGACAUGACAGAAGACUUUCUACCUGUUCUCAGGGAAUAUAUUUUAUACUCUGACUCUAUGAAGAGCGUACUGAAGAAGAGGGACCAAGUGCAAGCAGAGUACGAGGCCAAACUAGAAGCUGUGGCUCUGAGGAAGGAAGACCGCCCCAAGGUGCCUGCAGACGUUGAGAGGUGUCAGGAUCGGAUGGAGUGUUUCAACGCCGAUCUGAAAGCCGACAUGGAGCGAUGGCAGAACAACAAGAGGCAGGACUUCCGGCAGCUGCUCGUGGGAAUGGCCGACAAGAACAUCCAGUACUAUGAGAAGUGCCUCAUGGCGUGGGAGUCGAUCAUUCCACUACUGCAGGAGAAACAAGAGGCCAAGUAAGUCCCCUCUUGGGACAGAGACUCUUCUGCCUACACAGGGCAUGGCGUACCGGUACGCCCCUGUCGUGCAGAGAGACGGCACUGAGAAGCAUCUCUCCUUUGUGUAUUUCUUUCCCUGCCCGCCCCUCACCCCCUUCGUCCGCC